GCUUGACGCAUGCGCAACGCGCCAUUGAAGGAAAUGAUACGAGAAUUGAAGUGGGAGUUAACAAAAAAAAUUCUGAGAUUUUAUCCUGCCUUUUCUUUGCUUCAAGGGAUGUUGAGAUAAAAUUUCCUCCAAAUGAAAUUUCCCCUCCUGUUUUUGUAAGGUAUUGGAGGAAGUUAGGGAGAUAACCCAGAGUGUGCACAAGAUUGGCGCAGUUUCACCGCUGGGAGGGCAACUUGGGACAGAGGCAGUUUUCACCUGCUAGCCACCGCUCCAGGAGAUUCAGAAGACGAUGUGAAGCUCUCGACGCGCGGCCCAGUUGUUUUUCUCAGGAAGUGCGGCAGAACCUCCAGCUAAGAUGUCCCUCGCCAGCACACCCACCAGCAACGAUGCGUGCCUGAGCAUCGUGCACAGCCUGAUGUGUCACCGGCAGGGCGGCGAGAGCGAGACGUUCGCCAAACGGGCCAUCGAGAGCCUGGUGAAGAAGCUGAAGGAGAAGAAAGACGAGCUGGACUCCCUCAUCACCGCCAUCACUACAAACGGCGCCCACCCGAGCAAGUGUGUGACCAUCCAGAGGACUCUGGAUGGACGACUGCAGGUUGCGGGGCGUAAAGGGUUCCCUCAUGUAAUCUACGCUCGGCUGUGGCGAUGGCCGGACCUCCACAAGAACGAGUUGAAGCAUGUGAAAUACUGCCAGUUUGCCUUUGAUCUGAAGUGUGACAGCGUGUGUGUCAAUCCCUAUCACUAUGAACGAGUGGUGUCUCCUGGCAUAGACCUCUCAGGCCUCACGCUAACCAGCUCCGGACCCAGCUCCUCGCUGAUCGUGAAAGACGAGUACGACUUUGAUGGGCCUCCGACUCUCCCCGCGGUCGAUGGCGGACACUCUCUCCAGACCAUCCAGCACCCCCCGUCCGGCAGCCGCCCACCUCAGGCGGAGCCGUAUCCGACCCCGGUCCUGCUUCCGCCCGCCGAGGCGUCCACGGCGGUCUCCGCGCAGGCCUUCCCUGUCAUCCCUGCAGGAUCAGGCAGUAAGGCGGCUGCAAACCAUUCCCCUGGUCUGCUUGGAAAUGUAGAUUUUUCUUACCUUUCCAUUUGUAUUCCCCCCCCCCAAGGUGCCAGCUCCAACUGGUCCAGGAACAGUGGCUUCCCCCCCAGCAUACCUCACCACACCAACGGUCAUCUGCAGCACCACCCUCCAAUGCCACAUCCAACACACUACUGGCCAGUACACAAUGAGCUCGCCUUUCAGCCGCCGAUAUCCAAUCAUCCAGCGCCUGACUACUGGUGCUCCAUUGCUUACUUCGAGAUGGACGUCCAGGUUGGAGAGACAUUUAAGGUGCCGUCUUCUUGCCCCGUUGUGACAGUGGACGGCUACGUGGACCCUUCAGGAGGGGACCGGUUCUGUUUGGGCCAGCUCAGUAACGUCCAUCGUACUGAGGCUAUUGAGAGAGCAAGGCUUCACAUCGGUAAAGGAGUCCAGCUGGAGUGUAAAGGAGAGGGAGACGUGUGGGUGCGAUGCCUCAGUGACCACGCAGUAUUUGUUCAGAGUUACUACCUGGACCGGGAGGCGGGCCGAGCCCCAGGAGACGCCGUCCACAAGAUCUACCCCAGUGCGUACAUCAAGGUGUUCGACCUCCGUCAGUGCCACAGACAGAUGCAGCAGCAGGCCGCCACGGCUCAGGCGGCGGCGGCUGCUCAAGCGGCUGCCGUGGCGGGGAACAUACCCGGUCCUGGAUCAGUCGGAGGAAUCGCUCCAGCUAUCAGUCUCUCUGCCGCCGCCGGCAUCGGGGUCGAUGACCUCCGACGGCUCUGCAUUCUCAGGAUGAGUUUUGUUAAAGGCUGGGGGCCCGACUACCCCCGGCAGAGCAUCAAGGAGACCCCUUGCUGGAUCGAAAUCCACCUGCACCGGGCCCUGCAGCUCCUGGACGAGGUCCUUCACACCAUGCCCAUCGCUGACCCCCAGCCUCUGGACUGAGACCCUCCAGCAGGUCCUCACCUGAACACACACGGCCAGCGACUAGUCUUCCUCAGUGAACUCCAGACUGUAGAAAAACAAAAAUAGAUAAAAGUUUUCAGGUGUGUUCGAGGCGUCGCGUUGCACUAAGGCUCCAGCUGUUGCUCACGGCAACAGGAGCCAAAGCCAUCUAUUAAAACGAUGUGCUCACGUUUAAUGCAUGGCUUUAACUGUAGGACUUUGUAGAAACUAUACAUCAACACGCACAUAAAGGACACCAGCUACUGACGAUCUCCGACCUCACUGAAGCGUCGAGGAGCUGCGUGGGUUUCACCGAGGACGGUUUCAGACCCGCAGCUGCAGACGCAAAGGUCACGGCGAUCACUUCCUGGCAGCCAGAAGCGGCCGGGACAGGAUGUGGGAGAUCGGCACAACAAUCAAAGACAGCCGCCGUUAUCUGAUGCAUAGUUUCAGCCGCUAGAGCCGAGACGCGUCUGAACAUGUCCAGGUCAGCUGUUGUCAAAGGUUUUUUGGUUUUUUUGAAGAUAAACUUCGGCUCUGUGCUGGGAAGACAAGUCUCUGUUUCCAUCGUUUCUGUUAAACAAGAUAAGUGACAAAGAGCUGAACUCCUGCUGUGUGUGCGCAAAAUCAGUAGCUUGCAAAAGUAUUCACAUUUUUAUUUCGUCUGGGUAUUUUGUGUCUUAGAGGAACGCAAUGUUUCCCGCAUUGUUUUUUUUUAUUCACAGGAAAAGUUAAACAUUCGUAAUGCCUGCGUUUUAUGACCCCAGAUGAAAUACUUUGACCAGGCCAUUUUAAAACAGGAAAAACGCUUUGAUUCCCUUCAGCUUUGCGGUCACUGCUAAAGAUGAGCAUUCCCACAGCAUGAUGAUGCCACCGCCAUGCCUCACAGUGGGGAUGGAGGUUUUCCACCUCAUGGCCUUUAGGCUGCUGACUCAGUUUGGUUUCAGUUUCAUCUGAACAAACCAGCUUCUUUCACAAACUGGCCUGUUGCAAACUGUGUAAGGCCUUUUCUUAAUAAUGCCACUCUUCCUUGAAGACCAGAUUUGUGAAGAGACAAAUUACUUGUCUGAACUGUGGAUCUCUGCAGAUCAUCCAAAGAGUUUCUCUGAUUAUUGCUCUCCUUGCAGGGUUUUUUUCCUCUUUAAGUCGUCUGCCUUGUCUGGGUUUCCAGGUGUCAUCUUUCCAUUUUUUAGAAAAUGGAUUGAGCUCAGUUGGAUGGGAAAUUCUUCGGUUGUUUUGUAACCUAAUCCUGCUUACAGCUUCAUCUCUGAGCUGUUUACUGUGUUGCUGGGUCGACUUCUGAAUGGAUUUUCUUAAAGCGCGUCGGUGUAAAAGGGGCUGAACACAAAUCCUUUAAGUCUUCGGAUUUUUGUUACUUAUUUCCACAGUCAUUAUGCACUACAUUACACGUGAUCACAAUUAAUUUUCUUGAAGUUUGCGGCUGCAGCAGGAAAAAAUGUGGUGUAAAUACUUUUGCAAGGCUGCAAUUUUCCAGCAGGCAGCCUGUGUCACUCCUGAGUCAAAUUCCCUCAAAAGAACUCCUGACCGCAUGUAAACCCAGUACUUCUCACCCUGCCCAACUCUUAGUCAUGGAUACUAAUUUAAAAAAAAACAAACAAAAGCUUCUGUUUUAUGCCACCGCAGAGAAUGAGUUAUUUACCUUCUCAACGGGAGAGAAACUCUUCUGUUCAAUGUGGGAGGGAUGCAAUCAAGCAGAGAAGAGACUGAUGUUGAUCUCUCAGUACAAAGAUUGAGGUUUAUCUGUGUUUUUGGUGACCUGAAGUGACUAUUUCUAAAGAUAAAAAAAAUAAAAUAAAAAAAACAGUCAUUUGUAAACAUUAAACAGAGGAGAGUCCAGGAAGCCCUGAUUCUAAUCUGCUUCCUGUCAUAUCUGACAAAAGUGCGCUGCACUCCUCCUUCAUUCUUUAUCCAGGUUUACUGUGUGAAGUUUGACAGAAAAACAAUAAGAGGAUUUAUAGCCUGUGCUCAGCCUGUGUUACAUAUUUAGUUGUUUUUAAAAAUUUUUCCUGCUUUCUCUGAUUUAUUUGUUCUUUUGUAGCACUUUACCUUUGGAGCGAAUAGAUCAGUUCAGAGCAAGUUAAAGAUUACAACCAGGACAUUGGAUUCAGAUCGUACAAUAUCUAAUACUAAGCCACCUUUUUUUUAACAAAAACCCUUCACCUUAAGAAUUCAUACUUUUUCAUUUGUUUCUCUUGUCCUCAUAAAUCCAUGUAAACAUCUUUGGUUUUCAAAUGAAUUAAGUUAUCGAAGUUAUUAGAGCCUGCUGUAGCUCAGUGAUGUUGCGCUCAGCAGGAGAGGCACAUAAAGUCCCAUCCAGACCAUGUUUGGCUUCUCCGUACUUUAAAUUAAACAUUAAAGCAGACACACCUUUAAUCUGUGCUGUUUAACAUCCAAAUGUUUUUUGGUCUAGUAGUUUAAAAGACCAGCAAGAUGUUGCUUCUUUUCGAAGGAAGAUACAUUAUUUAAUUUAAACACCUUUUGGCUGAUUUUAGACUUUUUUUGUCUUAAGUUAAUUGUCAAAAUAUCAGUUUAUUUUCAUUUAUCAAGGGCCAAAAGUGCUGCAAUUCAAUGCAUCAGGUGUAAUCAUUUGAUCAUUUAGAUCAUGUUUAAAAAUCUGCACAAAAAUAUUAUUUAGUAAAUGCAUAAUUAAAUGUGGAAAUAAUUCAUUUAAAUAUGCAUUUAUAGUCUCGCACAAUAUAUAAUUUAAGCAUACAAUAAAUUAGUUUUAAAUGAUUCCCAUAAUUGAUUACAAUUUGCUCAAAUUCAAUAUUUUAUGUAAACGAUCAGUGGCACUUUUGGUCCCGAGUGUUUUCCGGCGUUCUCCUGACCAGCAGCGUUUUGGUGGCAGCGAUUUCAGUCGUGUUGUCCAGAAAGCCCGUCACUGUCCAGUCCUGAGUGUUUAUCCGGUGGAACUGCAGGAAGCGGCGGCGUGUUUUCUGCUGAAAAUUCCUGCUGAAUCGAAUCCAAAAGUGUGCUUUUAGAAAGUGGGAAAUAUAUAUAUAUAUAUAUAUAUAUUUUUUUUUUUACAUGAUUUGCAGUUACUGUAGCAGCCAAAAGACAGCUUGGGGGAAGUAAAUGUUGACUACUAUUUCAGAUCUAAUUGUACCUGUUUUUCUCAUGCGAGAGAUUAAAUAUGGACUGCUUUUCUCCA